GUAAAAACAUGUGGACAGCAUGGUAUUUCUUGUGCCGACGAAUCACAGUCCAAAGAAUAACUUAACUUCAGACGAUCUCACUUUCUGAUGCAGAUAAGAUUCGAAUCUUCCACUGGAGCGACGAUCUGCAGUCUGAUAAUCAACUUACGAGUGUAUCCUGCUGUAGUGGAUCAAACAUUUCGUUUCUUUCACCCGGAACUCAGCUACCUCAAAAAGAUCAUGCGCGUUCCAAUCGCCGGAUCCACUCCACCGCCGAUUGCAGGGAUGAAGGCUUACGGCGCCGAGCCCAUCCGUCUGUGGACUCGAGUCUCAGACCCAACCGUCAUGAUUGACUCUGGGACCGGUUACCUCGGAGGUCCCGUGGAUGUUUUGGUCAAAGUGGGUCUGGGUAGUAGCCCAGAGGUACGUGAAUUUUUGAUUGCAGUCUACAUGGAGCCAUUUCAACUGAAGGCAGCCUAUGUGUGGAAGUGGGUAGUACAUGCCCUGCGUCGUGUGGAUGCAGUGGCCACUCUUGGUCAACCAACUGCGGCGCUCAGUCUACUUCUGCAUGCUGAUGGACUCCUGCCAGUCGGAGGCCCCAGGUCUGUCAGCGUGCACACAGAUUCGCCCAGUGAGGUCUUAUUGGGAACAGAUCUAAGCAUAAGCCACGACAAACCCCAACGCACCGGUGAACUCAACCUCGUGCUAUCCGCCGCAACGGUCUGUGAGAUCAAAGUUCGACUACAGCCUCGGAAAGUUGGAAGUCAGAAGUACCGGAUCAAUGCCGUGGACAACGUCGCUGACGUCGUCAUGCGGGCUUGGAUUCUGUGCGUUGAUGUUCGGCCUCCAGAGGUGACAAAAUCCUUCAGCAUCAAACUUCCGCUAGUUAACGCACAGAACGCGGAAGAGAAAUGUCACAAGCGCAUCGCAUACACCAAUUCUCAGCCACUCGCCAAAAAGUUACACCUACAUACAGAUCGACCGGAUUUGUUGCGGUUUAAAGAAACUGAACAUCUAGUGGACGCCGGAGCUACAGUACAGUUGGGACUUCGAUUCAUUCCUCAAGCAUCACCGGGCGAGCAACAGAUUUACGUUUUCAUCAAAGACGAAAAAAAUGUGGUUCUGGAAACGUUCGCCAUCGAAACACAAUACGAGUGAUUGACUGUAAUCAACAAUUGUGUUUGUUUACUGCCAUUCAUGUUAGCCAUAAAGUUUGGUCUCGUUA